CCCGUCCCGGCGUCUGAGCGACGUCAGCCCAGCUUCCCCCUCGCCUCCGCCCCUCCCCGGGCUUCUGUGAACUUCUGCUCGGCCCCGGCCCCGAGGGCCUCGCACCCCGCACCCUCUCCGGCCUGCGGGGCCUCAGGCCGCGCCGCCGCUUCUGCCGUGGGCCGGAACUCCCCGCGGCCGACCCCGCCGCGGGCCACAGGUCCCGCCCCCUUGUCAAACCCAUCUGACUCCCUCGUCCCAUCACCCCCCAGGUGAAGGCCUCAGGCCUGGCCUCUCCACCAUGUGGCACGAGGCGCGCAAGCAUGAGCGGAAGCUUCGAGGCAUGAUGGUGGAUUACAAGAAGAGGGCGGAGCGGCGGAGGGAGUACUAUGAAAAGAUUAAGAAGGACCCAGCCCAGUUCCUGCAGGUGCAUGGCAGAGCUUGCAAGGUACACCUGGAUUCUGCAGUUGCCCUGGCCGCAGAGAGCCCCGUCAACAUGAUGCCCUGGCAGGGAGACACCAACAACAUGAUUGACCGCUUUGAUGUUCGCGCCCACCUGGACCACAUCCCUGACUACACCCCCCCACUGCUCACCACCAUCUCCCCAGAACAGGAAUCGGACGAGCGGAAAUGUAACUACGAGCGCUACCGUGGCCUGGUGCAGAACGACUUUGCUGGCAUCUCAGAGGAGCAGUGCCUGUACCAGAUCUACAUUGACGAGUUGUAUGGAGGCCUCCAGAGACCCAGUGAGGACGAGAAGAAGAAGCUGGCGGAGAAGAAGGCUUCCAUUGGCUACACGUACGAGGACAGCACCGUGGCCGAGGUAGAGAAGGCGGCAGAGAAGCCAGAGGAGGAGGAGUCACCAGCUGAGGAGGAGAGCAACUCGGACGAAGAUGAGGUCAUCCCCGACAUCGACGUGGAGGUGGACGUGGAUGAACUGAACCAGGAACAGGUGGCAGAUCUCAACAAACAGGCUACAACCUAUGGCAUGGCUGAUGGUGACUUCGUCAGGAUGCUCCGAAAAGACAAGGAGGAGGCGGAGGCCAUCAAACACGCCAAGGCCCUUGAGGAGGAGAAGGCCAUGUACUCGGGCCGUCGCUCCCGGCGCCAGCGGAGGGAGUUCCGGGAGAAGCGCCUGAGGGGCCGGAAGAUCAGCCCUCCCAGCUAUGCACGCCGAGACAGCCCCACCUACGACCCCUAUAAACGGUCGCCCUCGGAAUCCACCUCCGAGUCUCGCUCCCGCUCCCGCUCCCCGACUCCGGGCCGCGAGGAGAAGAUCACCUUCAUCACCAGUUUUGGGGGCAGCGAUGAGGAGGCAGCGGCAGCAGCAGCUGCUGCAGCCGCAUCAGGGGCUGCCACAGGGAAGCCUCCCGCACCCCCCCAGCCUGGCGGCCCCGCCCCGGGACGUAAUGCCAACGCCCGCCGCCGCUCCUCCUCCUCCUCCUCUUCCGCCUCGAGGACCUCCAGCUCCCGUUCCAGCUCUCGCUCCAGCUCCCGCUCCCGCCGUGGCGGGGGCUACUAUCGCUCAGGCCGGCACGCCCGCUCCCGCUCCCGUUCCCGCUCCCGCUCCCGGUCCCGCUCCCGGCGGUAUUCCCGGUCUCGCAGCCGUGGCCGGCGACACUCCGGUGGCGGCUCCCGGGACGGACACCGCUACUCCCAUUCACCACCCCGACGCGGUGGGUAUGGGCCCCGCCGCAGAAGCAGGAGCCGCUCCCGCUCAGGGGACUGGUACAGGCGGGGCGGCCGGGGCCCCAGGCACCACAGCAGCAGCCGCAGCCGCAGCCGCAGCAGCUGGUCCCUCAGCCCAUCCCGAAGUCGCAGUCUGACUCGGAGCCGCAGCCCCAGCCAGAGCCAGAGCCAGAGCCGCAGCCGCAGCCGCAGCUGUAGCCGAAGCCGUAGCCAGAGUCACUCAUCUUCACCCCCGAGGGAGAAGCUGACCAGGCCGGCAUCGUCCCCCGCGGUGGGCGAGAAGCUGAAAAAGACCGAACCUGCCGCUGGUAAAGAGACAGGAGCUGCCAAACCCAAGCUGACGCCACAGGAAAAGCUGAAGUUGAGGAUGCAGAAGGCACUGAACAGACAGUUCAAGGCGGAUAAGAAGGCCGCUCAGGAGAAGAUGAUACAACAGGAGCAUGAACGGCAGGAGCGGGAAGAUGAGCUUCGCGCCAUGGCCCGGAAGAUCCGUAUGAAGGAACGGGAACGCCGGGAGAAGGAGCGAGAAGAGUGGGAGCGCCAGUACAGCCGGCAGAGCCGCUCUCCGUCCCCCCGUCACAGUCGAGAGUACAGCUCUUCCCGAAGGCGCUCAAGGUCCAGAUCCCGCAGCCCCCAUUAUCGACAUUAGGCAGAAGCGUGGGGGGGGGGAGGCUGGGAUGGAUAAGGGCUCAGGCUGUGAUGCUGCUGGUUUUGUUCUCUAAUGAAAUAAAUGUUAUUUAAUUCCCUUCA